GCUACCCAUUCACCACUGGUCUUUGCUGAUACCCGCUGCUCUCGCUGGAGUCUGGAGCCGCCGUUCACAAUGCGAGCAGCAUGGCAUUUGUCGGUUGCCUUCAUGGCGGUAAACGUUGCUGCGAUGCCUGGGUACUCCAGUAAUGCGUGCCAAUCAAAAGAGUAUAAAUAUAAGGACAUUUGUUGUCCAGAAUGUCUCCCAGGUUCUCGAGUGCAAGAACACUGCACACCAGAUUCUGGAACAAACUGUCAGAACUGUAGUCAUGGUACCUAUCAACCUUAUUACACUGGGUCCAAGGAUUGCGUUAAUUGUGCCAUUUGUGGAGAAGGAGCCGAGGAAAUCAAGGCGUGUUCUUCUACACACAACUGUGUUUGCAACUGCACGGAAGGACACUACUGCGCUAACAUCACCAAGAACGCUUGUGCGAGAUGUUUGAAACAUCGGAGCUGCCCGAUGACAGAAAUGGUAGUCAGCAAAGGAACUUACUGGAAAGACACCGAGUGUCUUCCAUGUGCGGAAGGCAACUGUUCACCCAACGAUUUGCGUCAAAAUGGGAAAACUGGCAUUGUGAAUGGAGGUACUGCUGGGAAUGUGAUGCGCCAAAACGCCAUGAUCAUAUUAUCAGCCAUGUUCUUUACAAGCCAAUUCUUUUUACAAAUAUUUUAUUUAUUAGAAAUGGGAAAGGUGAGGGUGCGGGAGACUCAGUACUCAACUUGCCAGUUCUCUGAGCUGAGCCCUUUGUUCUGA